UCUCGCGCAAGGUCGCCGUAGGCCUCGCGAGGCGGGUGCGUUCCGGACAUAGCGGCAGCCCCCGCACUAGCAGACGCGGACUUCUGCGGAACGCGCUGGCACCAUGUUCCUGACCGCCCUCCUCCGCCGUAACCGCAUUCCUGGCAGGCAGUGGAUCGGGAAGCACCGGCGGCCGCGCUUCGUGUCGUUGCGAGCGAAGCAGAACAUGAUCCGGCGCCUGGAGAUCGAGGCGGAGAACCACUACUGGCUGAGCACGCCCUACCUGACCGCCGAGCAGGAGUACGGCCACGCCGCGGUGCGCAGGGCGGAGGCCUUCGAGGCCAUCAAGGCGGCCGCCACUUCCAAGUUCCCCCCGCACAGAUUUGUUGCAGACCAGCUCAGCCAUCUCAAUGUCACCAAGAAAUGGUCCUAACCCUGACCGUCACCCCUCGAUUUUAUAGAUCACGGGGCGGGGGAGGCUGCCCUGUCUUUACCUGGUCCUGGAACUGAAAAACUAGUUCUUAUAAAAAUGCGAUGCUUUGGACCAGUUUUAUUAAAAACAAACUUAAGCAUGGUGGGCUGCAUAUCGAAAUUCUGGGGCUCUAAAUUCCCUAAUACCUAAAAGUCUAAUCACUGUUGUUUCUUUAGCGUGAUAGGAAGAUAGGGAUUUCCUGAGUCUCAGAUGAUGUAAAAUGUAUUUUCAAUGAAAACUGCAAUAAAGCCGCGGACUAUGA